AUGUUUAAAUCAGUUGCGCAAGAUUUCAUGGAUCUUAAUCAGAACUGGAGUCCACUGCAUUAUGCAGCAUUAUUGAAUCGCCCCGAUGUCAUGCAAUUACUUAUAAAAGGAAAUGCAGAUGUGAAUGUUGUUGAUAAAAAUGACGAAACAGCACUGCAUGUAGCAUUUUUUCAUGAUAAUAUACCUGCAGCUGAACUUUUGAUUCAGCAUGGAUCAAGUCUUCAAUCGCAAAAUAUUGAGGGUAGGAGACCAUUUGAAGUAGCUGUUAUUGGUAGACCACAGAAUCAUAGAAAAAGAGUUAACUUCGAGUGCAUAGAUUCCUUAGAUGAUAUUUUUAGAACUUUGACAUCGCCAGUUACGGAUUGGAGACCAUUUGCCACAACUGGUGAUCAUAUGCACAGAAUUAGUGUUAACUCCGAGGACAUGAGCCUAUUUGAAGUAGCUGUCGAUUCUAGACCACAUAAUCAUAGAAAAAAAGUUUACUUAGAAGAUUGGAGACCGUUUUCCGCACAUUUUGAUCAUAGGCGAUAUUUCCACAGACAUGGUGUUACCUCCGAGAUCAAUAACAGAAUAGGAAGAAAACUACUCGUUGCUGAUGAUUUACAGAUUGGAAUGGAAAUUGCAUUUGGACGAAUGAAAUUUGCAGAUGGGAGCUAUAUUUAUAAGCACCAUGGUAUUGUGAUCAAAAUUAGCGAAACCUGCAAUAGAUUUGAAAUUGUUGAAUUAAGAGCUACCGAGUCUGCUUUUAAUACAUGUUUAGCAGUGUUAUGCAGAAAUAGUCGGCCUAGUGUUCAAAGAAAAACACUCAAAUUUCAUGAUAACCUUUACUACUAUGACUACAAAAAAAAUUCUUUUUCGAGAAAACUUGUUAAGAAGAGGGCUAAAAAGAUGGUCCUAAUUUUUGACAAGUCUGGUGUAGAGUAUAACUUGACGAAAUUUAAUUGUGAACAUUUUGCAUGUUACUGUGCAACUGGACUGGCAUGCAGUGGACAGACUGAAAAUGAGAAUCUUGAGGCAACAGAAUCACUUAAUAAAACACUUGGAACGUAUAUUGAUAUACAAAUAGAAAAGUAUUCCAACAACACACAGAAACACAGUCUCGGCGGUAAAGUAUUAGAAACCAUGAAACCAAAAGAAAGAUCUUGUGUAGUAAUGUAA